AUGGCAACCUUCACACCUGGUUCGUGCUUCAUGCUCUUCCAUCCUCUUCUACACCUUUAUAUUCAAAUGAAUGAAUCAACAGCAAUAACAGCAAAAGACUCUGUGAUUGUAAUCUUGACAACUUUUCUUUUGGUCACAAGAAGACAAACCGACAAUCGAAUAUCCACAUGCGGUCAUAAGACUUUCGUUUAA